GGCCGGUGGAGCAAAAUGUAAGGCGUGAAGUUGCAGCUUAACACUAGUCCUGCCUACCAACAGGGGCUGUGUCAGGCCAUCUCAAGGAUUUGAAAUACAUAAUAAAUCCCAGCCCCUGGGACCGUUAUAAGAUGCUACCUACAAUCAAUCUCCGUUCCUUCUUCCACCUAAAGUGGCACAAUGAUCGCCCCACUGGUUCUGUUCCUUCUGGCGAGGUUAAGCUGGACGGUUCAUGGACAGUCGACAUCUGCGCGUUGUAAUGUAUCAAACUUUCAAUGGUCCUUCAACACUCUUUCCCAGAGUCCCUGCCUGGUUGCAGCAUAUCUUCAGAACACUUGUUCUUCGGGUUUUAAUGUCCCUUCCCUUGAUUCCCUGGGCGUUCAAUCAUACCGUGAGCCUUCGGUUAUCAGUAGAUGUGGAUGCUCGAGCGUCGUUUACUCCCUCAUGGCUGCGUGUGCCGGUUGUCAAAAUGGAUCAUGGUACAGUUUGUUUGUCUGGCAGGGUGGUUGUGGUGGAGACACCGACCCAGUUGGAACCGAGCCGAUUCCUGGUGGCACCAGAGUCCCUGGGUGGGCCUAUCUAGAUCCCGGUGAUGGCAUUUUCAACCCUAGGGUUGCGAUGGGUAAUGAGUCCCCGGAAAGCACUCCUAGCAUCCCUUCAUCCACAUCAAGCUCCUCUUCGUCGACCACAUCAAGUGUCCCCACCACCACUCCUAUUCCCACCCCUUCUACCACCAUUCCUGCAUCCAUAUCCACGUCUACAUUCACAGGCUCGUCUGCUCCCACUUCAACUCAGAUAACGGUAACAUCGUCUCCAGCUUCGAUUGCUAACAAAAGCCUCUGGUUCAAUUGUGGCGAGCAGUUUAUCAUCACUCCCGGGCUUCGUGAUUUCCUCGAUAUCCACUGCGAGUGCUGCAUCAACGAGUAUUUACAGAUCUAGCAGUUUUACUUCGUAUACCACAACUGGUCCUGGGGGUGUUCCCACGAUCGUUGUCACUCCAGCCGGCAAAUCUGGUGGAGGUGGAACUAAUGUGGGCGCGAUCGCU